UGGAAGAACCUAUAGCCAAGCGGGCUUUAGGACCCCGCGGGGGCACCGGGGUAGGGGAGGUCGGGAGCGCGCCCCUGAGGCCGAAGCAGCGGCGGCGUCGGUGGUGUCGGGAGCGAGCGGGCCCGGGAGCGGCGCGGGUGGUGGAGGAGGAGCCCAGGGCUCGGUGCAAACCAAUCUCCUCACAGACCAGUGUGGGGGAAGAAAUAAGAGAACAGGUUCCCUGGGAGAAAUGGAGCUAUCAGAAGCCCCUGGCGAUUGGGACAGUAGAAACUUGGCCCAGGCCUGAAUGAAUGUUUCUGGAUCAUCGAAUCCUCCCCGGUUCUUCCUUUCCAGAAAAAAAUUUUGAGCUUAAUUCUCUAACCAUGGCACAGGUAGAGAAGAGGGGAGGUUUGCUCAGGAAAUCUUCAGCCUCCAAAAAACCACUAAAGGAAAAGGUGGUGCUGAUGUAUGAUGAGAUCUUUAUGACAGAGGACCCCAGUAAGUGUAGUCCUCGGUUUUGGGAAGAGCUCUUCCUCAUGAAGGUGAAUUUAGAGUACCUAGAGGGCAAGCUGGAAUCUCUUGAUGGUGAAGAGUUAAUGAAGAUUAAGGACAAUAUUAAUUGCUUAUUUCAACAUUGCAUCCAGGCUCUGGGAGAGGAACAUCCAAUUCGAGUUGUCAAUGCAUUGCAGACCUUGUGUGCACUUAUUCGAGGAGUCCAUCAAAAGAAUAAGUCUACCUCUGGGUUUGAUAUUAUCAACAUGCUGAUGGGCUUUGACAAGGCAGAGCUGUGCAUGAAGAACUUGAUGGAGAGUUUGGAUUCAUUGCUUUGUGCAGAAGGUUCUGAAAGUCUGAAGAGUUUAUGUCUGAAACUACUUCUUUGCUUAGUGACUGUGACAGACAACAUCAGCCAAAACACUAUCCUGGAGUAUGUAAUGAUCAACAGCAUAUUUGAAGCAAUUUUGCAGAUACUUUCCCAUCCCCCAAGUCGUAGAGAGCAUGGGUAUGAUGCUGUUGUCCUCUUGGCUUUGCUGGUAAACUACAGAAAAUAUGAGUCUGUGAAUCCUUAUAUUGUGAAGCUGUCUAUUGUGGAUGACGAGGCCACACUCAAUGGAAUGGGGCUUGUGAUUGCUCAGGCUUUAUCUGAGUACAACAGACAGUAUAAAGACAAGGAAGAAGAACACCAGAGUGGUUUUUUCUCUGCUUUAACAAAUAUGGUGGGCAGCAUGUUCAUAGCAGAUGCCCAUGAGAAAAUCUCAGUACAAACCAAUGAGGCCAUUCUUCUGGCACUUUAUGAAGCUGUUCAUUUAAAUCGCAACUUCAUCACAGUAUUAGCUCAGAGUCAUCCAGAAAUGGGUUUGGUGACAACCCCUGUCAAUCCUGCCCCAACAACUCCAGUUACACCACUUGGGACCACGCCACCUUCCUCUGAUGUUAUAAGUUCUGUGGAACUCCCACUGGAUGCUGAUGUACAGACUAGUAAUCUACUGAUAACCUUCCUAAAGUAUAGCUCAAUUGUCAUGCAGGACACUAAAGAUGAACACAGGCUUCACAGUGGCAAGCUGUGUCUGAUCAUCCUUACAUGUAUUGCAGAGGAUCAGUAUGCCAAUGCAUUUUUGCAUGAUGACAACAUGAAUUUUCGAGUGAUACAUAGAAUGCCUAUGAGACACAGGAAGAAGGCAGCAGACAAGAACCUUCCCUGUCGUCCUUUAGUAUGUGCAGUACUGGACCUAAUGGUAGAGUUUAUUGUAACACACAUGAUGAAGGAGUUUCCUAUGGAUCUCUAUGUACGCUGCAUUCAGGUAGUUCAUAAACUGCUUUGCUACCAGAAGAAGUGUCGAGUUCGCCUUCAUUACACCUGGCGGGAACUCUGGUCAGCCUUGAUAAAUUUGCUGAAGUUCCUUAUGUCAAAUGAAACUGUACUUUUGGCCAAACACAACAUUUUUACAUUAGCCCUUAUGAUUGUCAACUUAUUUAAUAUGUUUAUCACAUAUGGCGACACAUUCCUGCCAACCCCCAGCAGCUAUGAUGAACUUUACUAUGAGAUUAUCCGCAUGCAUCAGAGCUUUGACAACCUCUACUCCAUGGUCCUGAGGCUUUCUACCAACGCAGGCCAGUGGAAGGAAGCAGCUAGCAAGGUGACCCAUGCAUUGGUUAAUAUCAGAGCCAUCAUCAACCACUUUAACCCCAAAAUUGAGUCCUAUGCUGCUGUGAAUCACAUAUCCCAACUAUCCGAGGAGCAGGUGCUCGAAGUGGUACGAGCCAACUAUGACACACUCACACUGAAGCUGCAGGAUGGCCUGGACCAGUAUGAGCGCUACUCAGAGCAACAUAAGGAGGCUGCCUUCUUCAAAGAGCUGGUUCGAUCUAUUAGCACCAACGUCCGGAGAAACCUGGCCUUCCACACACUCAGCCAGGAGGUCCUGCUAAAGGAAUUCUCCACUAUCUCCUGAGGCCAUGCCCACCUGACAGCCACUGAUUGCCCUUACUCAUGAGGCUCCUGAGCUGGAGGGGCGCAAGGGGAGAGGGGGCUGCCUCCAAGGUUGGAGAGAAACAGAUACUGAGUUCUCCUGGUGAAGGCCACCCUUCAAUUGGACAGCAAGGGCAAGCCAGGGAGGAUCUUAUUUGGGGAGGAAUGGGUGGGUAAAAGGAGAGGCAUCCAAAAAUGUGGGGACUUCCAGGGUGGGCUCCCUGGACACUCCCUCACAUUUCCAAUUAACUUUACAAGUUGUGACUUCUGACUGAUCUUCAGAAGCUGAUGGGGCAAAUUUCAGGUGAGGCCAGGACCCUGAAAGUCAAUUGCUUUUCCUUGGCUUCUGAAAAUAGAUCAACUUUCACACACACCUGGAGCCAAAUCCUGUUCUCUUUAAGCUUGGAGUUGAGCUGGGUUUGACAUCUGUGUACCUGACCCUGCUAGCACUCUGUCCAGUCAUUAGGAUCCUUAGGUCAGGCUUAGGAUAGGAUAGGAGUGGGACACAAUUUUUUUUUUUAAUUCAAAGUUGAUUCCUCCAAGAAACUGGAGAUUGGGAGAUUGGAAUCCACCCAGUGUUCACUGUCCAGCGGCCACUUUCCAGAUUUUAGUUUUGGCAUCAGAAAUACCUGUUAGCUUUUCCCUGCCUUCCAACCCAUCGACUCAUCAGCAUAACAGGCUUACAACCUUAGCUUUGCAUUUUUAGUCUGAUUUAAACUGUCUUCAGGGUGUGCGUAAAAUAAACAUUGACAGGUUUUCUGAAGCCCUCAAGGUGCCUACUUUGCUGGUUCCCUUUCCAUCAGCUUCCCCAUCUUCUCAGCCAUCCCCUCCCACUGGGGGCCUCUCCUGCCUCUGCUGAGUUCCCCUCCACGUGUUCCACCCCCUCACCCUGCUGUUGUUUACACCCAGCCUGCUUGAGAAUUUCCUCUAGAGAGGAAUCUGUUCCUGCUAUGGUCUGGUGCCUGGGAGGGAGAGAACCUGCUGGGAGCAGGGUGCCCUCCAUCUGAAAAAGCCUAGGUGAGCAUUGUGCAUAGGGCCUUCAUCUUAUAUAUCCAUAUUCUAGGUGGGGCCACAGGCAACUCUCUUAAUCUUUGGGAAGUCAACCUGUGGUUCUUCCUUUGGAUAGCCUCCACAGGACCACUGUAGGCUUUUUUUUUUUUUUUUUAAACCCCACAGCUUCCUCCAAAAUAGCUGCUGUUCUAAGACCCUCCCUUUCUAAAGCCCUCAGGAUGGCAAGGAGCAAGCCGGCACAGAAAUAAUUGGAAUAAGUGAAGGAAUCCAGCUGUGAGAGUAGGUAUGGGACCUCUCCAGCUGUUAUCCAUUUAGCCUUAUAUCUCUUUGGUAUACUUGCCCUUCCUGGAAACCAGAGUUGUGUCUCCAAAAUUGAGCAGAUAUGCAUUAGUUGCAGAGAAUGCACCAACAGACUCCCAUGCCUAGACGUAGGUUCUUAAGAGAUCAUGGCUGGGUCUUCUCUGAUCACUGAUCACUAGAUGGAUAGCUCAGCCUGUGACAUUAGUAUUUUCCAAGGUUUAUCACCCCCAGAGCAGCUGGACCUGGAGCUGGUGGCAAAUUGAAGUUAUUAAAAAUUGACUUGUGUG